CUUUUAGGAAAUGUAAUAGGUGUGGCUUUGAUUCCAGUCAUUAUACCCCAGAAAAAAAUAUAUAUCCAUUAUACUAACCACCUUUAAAUAGCACUGCAUAAUACAGAGUAUAAUAAACUGUUCCUGUAUGUUUUCUGGCAAAAAUCUUAGCAACAGAACAUUUUUUCUUCUCCUACUCUCACCUUUUUACCAUUAAGAUGAUUCAUUUUUGGCUCACUCUUACUGCCAUCAUGGUUGCACUUCUGUUUUGGAAAUGGAGGAGACCUGCAAACUUUCCUCCUGGUCCCUGGGGUCUGCCUAUUGUUGGGAACUUUUUGCAGGUGGAUUACAACAACCCACUGCCAGACCUUGAAAAGCUGGCAAAAAAAUAUGGAAAUGUCUACAGCAUCUUUCUGGGAAAUAAAUUAAUAGUCGUACUGAGUGGAUUUCAGACUGUGAAAGAAGCUUUGGUGAACCAUGCUGCUGAAUUUUCAGACAGGCCACAAGAUCCUGUGUUUGUAGAAAUCAGUAAAAACAAAGGUAUUAUCACAGCCCCAUAUGGACAGCACUGGAAGGAACAGAGAAGAUUUGCUCUUAUGGUACUAAGAAACUUUGGUUUUGGCAAAAAGUCAAUGGAAAACAGGAUUUUAAAAGAGGCAAAAUAUGUGCUUAAUUAUUUUGAAAGCAAGAAUGGUUGUCAAUUUGAUCCAAAGCUGGUAAUCACCAAUGCUGUGUCCAAUGUCAUCUGUUCCAUUUUAUUUGCUCAACGAUACGACUACCAUGACAAUACAUUUAGCAGGCAACUUAAAUUAAUUGAAGAAAAUUUGAAACUCGUUGGCGGAGUUUGGGGAGAGCUUUACAACACAGUACCUAUUAUAAGAAGACUUCCACUUCCAUUUCAAAAAAUUUUCAGAAACGCAGAUGAGAUCCUAAGUUUUCUGAAGAAUAUUGCAGAGGAACACAAAAAGACUCUGACACUAGGAGAACCUAGAGACUUUGUGGACUGUUAUUUGGAAGAAAUUGAUAAGAAACAAGACAGAGAAGAUGGAAACACUUCCUCCUUUGAUGAAGGCUCUCUUCUUAUUGAGAUGUUAGACUUGUUUAUAGCUGGUACUGAUACAACAACAAACAGCAUGAGAUGGGCAUUACUGUUAAUGAUGGCAUAUCCUUGUGUUCAAGAAAAGUGCUACAAGGAAAUAGAAUCCAUUGCUGAUGGUAAGGAAUUUGUAUCUUAUGAUGACAGACUAAGGAUGCCUUAUACACAGGCUGUUAUUCAUGAAAUCCUGCGUUUUGGAAAUGUAGUUCCUCUCGCUGUUCCUCAUAGUACAACAAAAGAAGUGCUGUUUAAAGGAUAUACCAUUCCUCAGGGUACCCGGGUGAUGGCAGAUUUGAACUCUGUUCUUCGUGAUGAGACUCAGUGGAAGUUCCCCCAUGAAUUCAACCCUGCCAACUUUCUUAAUGACAGUGGAGAGUUUGUGAAGCAAGAAGCCUUUUUGCCCUUUUCAACAGGUCCAAGAGUUUGUUUAGGGGAGAACUUAGCUCGGAUGGAGAUUUUCCUCUUCUUUACAUCUUUACUGAAAAAAUUUGUAUUCUCCUGGCCUGAAAAAUCUGCAUCUCCCAACUUCACAACCACAUUUGGAAUAGUAAGCUCUCCAUAUCCCUUCAAAGUAGGGCUGAAAUGCAGAAAGAAGAAUUAAGAGGAAAGAACAUUGCAAAAUAUGUUUUUUUGUUUUUGUUUUUAAUUGUUCUAUAUGUUAACCUUUGAAAGUAUAAUAAGCCGUGGAUAUGGCUGUACAUUCUAAA